GUAAUAAUCCAUGUUUUAUUUUUAUUCUAUUUUCUCUAAAGUUUUUGCUUUUUAUACUUGUUUUAGAUUGCAUGAACUUUUGUUUUAGAAUAUCACAAUUGAAAAAUAAUUGUUUGGAUUUUUUACAAAAUUUUGCAACAACUUCAGCUUAUCCAAAGAAAAAAUUUUUCAAAAAAAGAAUACUUGAAGAUAUGGUCAUGGAUAAAAGGAAUGUUCUUUGUGUUGCUGAAAAGCAUGAUGCUGCUAAAAAUAUUGCCAAAUUCUUGUCAAAUGGAUCAGCUAGAACAGUUAAAGGGAAAGGCCCUUACAUUUACAAUUUUUUAUUUGAUGGUAUGCCAAUAAACAUUUUUUAUUAA